AUGAAUGAAGGAGAAGAAUUGUCAACUCAAUCAUCAGAAACAUUUUAUGCAGAUAAUGUUACGGCUUAUAUGAAUGCUACUAAUUGUAGAGGUUUUCCAAAAGGUUUUUCAGAUAUAUUAAUGGUUCGAGUUAUUUAUCUUUUUAUAUACUUAUUAAUUUUUAUUGUCGCAGUCACUGGAAAUUCUCUUGUUGUGUAUGUGGUGAUGACAAAAAAAUCAAUGCAAACAGUCACAAAUAUUUUUAUUACAAAUCUUGCCAUUUCUGAUCUUCUUGUAAAUUUUACAUCUUUAUGGUUAACACCACUUUAUACAUUUCUUGGUCGUUGGAUAUGGGGAGGUUGGCUUUGUUAUGGUUUACCUUUAUUUCAAGGAACAAGUAUUUUUAUAUCUACACUUACUUUAAUGGCUAUAGCUUUGGAUAGAUAUUUUGUUAUAUGUCGUCAUGGAGCUGUAAAAAUUAAUGCUAAUGAUCAUAUAUCUAUGCAUAUGUGUAUUGGAAUAAUUACGGUAAUAUGGGCAUUUUCUCUUCUUCUUGUAAUGCCAUAUGCUUUACAUAUGAGAUUAACAUAUAUUAAAAAACCAUGUGAAUUUUGGGUUUGUUUAGAAGCAUGGGCAAUGGAAGAUUUAAAAAGUGCAUAUGGGUUAAUUGUAAUGAUUUUACAAUUUAUUGUACCAUUUAUUAUUAUUGGACAAUCAUAUAUUAAAAUAUGGAAAUUUUUAAAUAAUCGAAAAAGUUUAGUUACUGAAAGAGAAUCAGAAAUUGAAACACAACGUAAAAAGCACUUAUUACGAAUGCUUAUUAUUAUGGUUGUUGUUUUUGCAAUAUACGAUGGUAUUAAACAAUAUUUUCCACCAUUAUUUUUAACAUCUCAUGUUUUAAGUAUGACAGCAACUUGUUGGAAUCCAAUUGUUUAUGCAUGGAUGAAUGAAUCUUUUAGAAAAGAAUUUAUACAUGCAAUACCUUUCUUACAAAAACAUUUUCAAUUAAAUGCUAAAAAUAAUCAUAGAGCAAGAGUAAUUACUGAUUGCCAACCAGCAUUAAUAAGAGUUAAUUGUAAAGAUAAUAAUAAACAAAAAUUAAGAAAAAUUGAUAUACUUUCUAAUUAUGCUUCAAAUAAUGAUUUAUCUGAAGAAAGUAAUGCUAAUAAUUUACGAUCAUCUAAUUGUAAUUUGUGUAUUUCAAAUAAUAGUAUUACUACAAAAAAAAAUUCUAAUACAGACAUUGUUAGAUUAGACAAUAUAUCAGAUACCAUUAAUUGCAAUGACAUCAAAAAAAAUAAUGUAAGUAAUAAACUUUAUCAAAACGGUUAUCAAGAAAAUGUACCAGAGUCAAUUCCGUUAAUAUUAGAAGAUAUCAUAAUAAGAACAAAAGCUGAAGUAUACACAACCAAAAAUGAUUAG